AUGCAAGCAGAAAGGAAACCAGCCAUAACCUUCCAGAAAUUUAGUCACCUAAUAAAGAACUUGCCGGACAUCGCCCACGAUGUUCAGCGCGAUCAGGCUGCGAAAGCCAACAAAACGCUGGACGAGUGUGCCAGAUGUUAUUACCAUGCCUUCUACAGGGACGCCAGUGUUCGCGAGCGCUAUAAGUUCAAGCUGCGCUCGUUACAACAUGGAGCCAUGGAACACAAGUCAACAAGCCCGACAACAGAACAACAUCAGUUGCGGGAAUUCUACAAAUCCUUCUACAUGUUUCCCGAAAAGCGAAAGACCACCAAUAUAUUCCGUGGGACAACUACAACCUUUAUGCCGAAGUUGUUGGAAGCUGGUCAUCCCAUUGUUGAAUCGGCAGCCAAGAGUUUGGCAGAGCAUAACAAAGAGACUAUCACAGUCGAAGAACCCGCGUUGCAUCGGGAGCCUGAAUCAAGGAACGCUUCAACUCUUUGUACCCCUGACAGCGACUUUUCGAUAGUGAGCUUUGAAGAAUUCCAGAAAUAUGUGUUGAUCCUCAACGAUAUUGUGUGGCAACUGAAGCUCAACGACCCCCAGUAUUGGUUCAUGGACUUUGAGGAAUGCGCUCAUGCCUUUUACUUUGCGUUUUAUUUAAGUCCGGAGAUUCGUGAGCGAUGCAAGUACACCCUGAAACCGUGUACGUCGGUCAUGAGCGCUCGCCUGCUAGCAGUACCGACGCCCGAGCAAGCCGACAAGCUGAGGCAAAAUUUAACAGAGUUGAUUAAACCGUCGCCAGAUCUUGAGCGACCCGAAUUGGUGGAAGAAACGGUUGUAGCACCUGUCAGCUUUCAGUUUUUCAAAUAUUAUAUCAAGAAUCUGGAGGAAAUCAGCGAGAAAAUGCGGACCGAAGACGAGUUUAAGACUUUAUCCAUAGAAACCUGUACCAGGGAAUACUACAGGCUGUUCUACAGACCUCCCGAAAUACGCGAGCGAUUCCAGUUCAAUCUAAAGCCAUGUCCCGGAGUGGUACGCAAAAUACUGCUGAGUCCACCGACCAGCUCAUUUUUUGCCGACAGUUUGGAGCGAACCGCUCCGAAUGAGGCAGACCCGCAAAGUCCAAGCGAGCCGAUUUUGGUCACUGACCUGUUGAAGAAAGGCAUCAAGUAUCCCGUGAUCUUUGAGGUAUUCAGGCGCCAUAUUAACUACGAUGACAUUUUCGAGUCCGCGCUGAGACAAGUUUAUAGAAGUCCGUCGCUGCUGUCGACGCUGACUGCCAACCCGCUAGACCCCCGCUGCAUAGAGGCUUUCGAUACGUUCUAUCGUUGGUUCUACAUAUUUCCCCAUAUUCGGGAAAGAGUCAGAUACCGUUUCGACUGUGGUGGGGAUCCAUCUCUCAUGGAAAAGCUAUGCGCACAGGCAGAAAUCUUGAAUGAGAAUGCCAGGAGAUGGGUAGAAAGUGCGACAAAGCCACCACCCGAAAAGGAAAUCACUCUGAUAACUCAGAAUGGUAUUAAGUACAGGUUGCCGGUGUCGUUUAAUACCUUCUGUAGAAGCAUCAAUGUCGAUGAGCUAAAGGUUCAGCUGGCCAACCACUUCAGUAUGCUACAGCUUCGACAGUACUAUAACUCCUUUUACACAUCCAGGAUAAUCCGUGAAAUGUACAAAUAUAAUUUCGAUUCAGCACCGCCAGAGCUUCGUGCCAAGUGUCUGCAGUUUGCUGUAUCCAUAACAGAGGCGACAGAAGAGCCGUCAGAAGCUGAACCAUCUACUUCGGAGGUAGAGCCACAGCCAGAGCAACAGUCAGAGAUAGAGCCACCGCCAGAGAUAGAGCCACAUCCAGAGAUAGAGCAACAGCCAGAGAUAGAGCCACAGCCAGAGAUGGAGCAACAGCCAGAGACAGAGACAGAUCUAAGCUCUCGCUGUGCCAAUCGUUGCCAUGAGAGCAACGUAUCUGUCCUGCGCCAGAGCACUCCAGAUAUGGAAAGAUUUUAUGCAGCCAGGCAAGCUGUGCUUGACGUGAAACAAAAGUCGAAUGUAGUUCCUUACGUGCCCCACAAUCUGAAAGCUUACAUAUCACGCCAUGUGGCAUGUCCCGAGAGACGUGCAGUCCUGGAGACGAAAUAA